CCGUGGUUCCGACUGGAUAUCUUGACUUUGACUUGGAGAUUGUCUUGAUUGAUGUCAGUGUUCUGGAAACCUGGUCUGGUUGCACCAAAGUACUGAGAUAUGAGAAAGAGUGGGAAAGCACCAUCCAGGCUCCUCCAACCUAGCCUCCCCCUUCCCUUCUUCAUCACGCGUAGACACCAAGCAACAAACGCGUCAUGAACCGCCAUAACUCACCCCAUCAGUCGAUUCCUUGACCUGCCAUAUUCAACCCUCAAAUUCAUCGCACUCAACUGCAACCAUGGCAGAAAAUAAUGGGCAAAACUUUGCAGAUCUAGAGAGGAUUCUAGCAACAUUAGCAAGCUUGCCCCAAACAGCGAACGUGCCUCCCCAGGAUCAACAACAUGUCUACGACCCUGCUCAGAGCUAUGCUGCCUUCCAAGAUGCACCGCAGAUAUACCCCCAAGAGCAAAACACCGCCUACCGCCAGUCAGCGGAUCCGCGUUUACAUGGACGACCCGCUCUCCAGCACCCUCCACGGCCACAAGGCCCACCUUCAACGCCCCUGAUCGAUCCAUCCACCAUCACAGAGUGGAAACAAGGUCUUCGAUGCGUGAGCAAGAUCGCUGCCCAUAAUCCCAACUUCGCUGCGUCUGUCCGCAAGCUCAUGAAGGACCAAGAGCAAAACGUCGCCUCCUGGGAAUCUGGCCGCACACGCGUUAUUGAAGAUCACAAGUUCAAGCGCGAGAACGAGCAAACGCUUCGAGCUGCCUUAUCUCUACCGGGACUUUUAGCAGACACUGCGCCGAUUCGUACACUGGAAAAAGAGCAGGAAGAACUCGAGCAGUACGACGCCAAGGUGUACCGAGCUAGCAAGCUGAUGGUUGGAUCGCAGACCUCGUCACUCAAGGUGCUAGGCGUGCCGUUUUUUGGCGUUAAACCUGACUUGGUGCUUGAUGAUGAUGAUGAUGAGGAGCCACUGGUGACUGGUCAAGGGAGUCAAGUCGCGGGGAAGAUCACGAAGAAGCAGGUUCUAGAGUUGCAGAGGAAGAUGCUAAAUCACUUGUUGGAGUUGUAUGGCGAUUAGAUACCUGUGUGAACUUUGGCUGAUUUCUUGUAGCAGAGUAUCAUGGAGGAAGGCAAAUAGCUCAAUUUAUGGGUAGUCUCCU